AUGUCGGGCAGCGCAGGAUUCGACAGACACAUCACAAUCUUCUCCGAGCAGGGAAGAUUGUACCAAGUCGAAUAUGCAUUCAAGGCCAUCACAGCUGCCAAUAUCAUGUCAAUAGGUGUGCGAGGCAAGGAUUGUGCCGUCGUCCUAUCCCAAAAGAAGGUCCCUGAUAAACUUAUCGAUCCGUCAUCCGUAUCACACAUCUUCCAGCUGUCACCGUCCGUUGGCUGCGUCAUGACCGGCUCUAUUGCAGAUGCGCGCGCAUUCGCCCAGCGCGCACAGGGAGAGGCGGCUGAGUUCAAGUACAAGUAUGGUUACGAGAUGCCGUGUGACGCCUUGGCCAAGCGGCUCGCCAACAUCAGCCAGGUCUACACCCAAAAGGCGUACAUGCGGCCUUACGGCGUGGCAACAACCUUAAUAUCGGUCGACUCUGAGUUUGGACCCCAACUCUUCAAGUGCGACCCGGCGGGCUACUACAUUGGCUACAAGGGUACUGCUGCCGGGCCGAAGCAGCAGGAGGCGCUCAACCACCUCGAGAAGAAGCUCAAGAAUAAGGAUCACGCAGAGGGUUCUUGGGAAGAAGUUGUCGAGCUAGCAAUCACGACUCUGAGCACCGUGCUCAGCAUGGACUUCAAGAAGACCGAGAUCGAAAUCGGUAUCGUGGGUGGCCCGCGCGCGGACGGCAGAGAAGGUACAGAUCCUAGCUUCAGGACGUUGACAGAGGAGGAGAUCGACGAGCGAUUACAAGCCAUCGCCGAGAAGGACUAG